AUGAAAACUCAACACAUUCUCCUUGUUGCAUUCGGGUUAGUUGAGGGCGAGAACACAGAUUUGCAAAAGUUUUUCCUGAGCAACCUUCAUCAGCAUAUGACUCCUCAGCAGGGUAUUCUAGUUAUCUCCGACCGCCACAAUGCAAUCAAGGCUUCUUUGGUUGCCGAAGAUGCGUAUGCAAAAAUUGAACAUGAACAUCAAUAUUAUAUGGAUAUCUUGAAGCGGAAAGACCCGACAAUGGUCAUCAUUGUGUUCAAUGUUUACAAGAUGGGCUUCGAUGACAUACUGUCCUUGUAUGCGGGUCCUCAGGUUAUCCUUGAUUCAGACAUGAUGGAUCUUAGAAGAGAAGCUGCUAGUGGCUGCUUAUAUAUCAUUGGAAUUGUUAAGAGGGGGCUUGAGAUGAGUGACAAAGAGAAGUUUGAGCUUGACAGAAAGGAGGAUCCCAUGAAUUAUUCCACCGGAAUGGCCUCGGAUCGGAGAUUCGGAGGUUCCAAUCUUCUGAAUUCAUCUGUGGGUUUGGCUGGCAGAGGGGAUCUAAAUGGUUCCUCUUCAUGUUCCUCUGCUUCCCUAGUGGACUCCUUUGGCCCAAACUUCUGGGACACUCCGACGAAUUCCCAGAACUUGGGGUUUUGUGGCAUCAAUGUUCACAACAGUGGGAGCUCUUUGAACCCAAUUGAAAUCAGAAAAGAUGGGUUUGGAUUUGGAAGAGGUGGUCAUGAUCAUGGAACACUUGAAAUGGGUUGGAAUCAAGGUAAUGGCUUUAUACCAAAUGAGUCUGCAAUGUUCCCCCAGAACUUGUCUCGGUUUCCAAGUGAUUCUGGAUUUAUUGAGCGUGCAACGAGAUUCUCGUGCUUUGGUGGAGGGGAUUUCGGAGAUAUGGUGAAUGCUUAUGGGAUUCCUCAAUCCAUGGGCCCUUAUGCUGGUACCGGUGGUGAGGCAAUUCACCAAGCAAGAGAUGGAGGACAACCUCAAGAGAGCAAUCCGAAUGAAGCUGAAGCUGUGAAAGAUGCGACACCAUCUGUCGAGUAUCUUGCUACUAAAGCUAGCCCGCUCAAGAAUGAUAAAAGAAGUGAAAACCAUGUAAUGCCUCAAAAUGAAGGGCAACAAGGUCCUUCUAGGCCUCCGAAUGAGACUGACCGAGCCAAAUCUAGCGAUGAUGGCGGUGUUCAAGAUGACUCCCCAAUGUUGGAUGGUGUUAGCGACGAACCUUGUCUUAAAGGACUAGAUUCAAAGAAAAGGAAAAGAAUUGGGCAGGAUGCCGAUAAUGAUAAAGCUGUUGAACUACCUACGGAAGGUGCAGGGGAUAUCUCUGAGAGCCAACAAAAGGGAGAGCAGGAACCUACUCCAACAAACAAGGCUUCUGGAAAGAAUGCCAAACAAGGGACUCAAGUUUCAGAUCCACCUAAGGAGGAAUACAUACAUGUCAGGGCUCGGCGGGGUCAAGCAACUAAUAGCCACAGCCUUGCAGAGAGAGUGAGGAGGGAAAAGAUAAGUGAAAGGAUGAAGUUUCUUCAAGACCUUGUACCUGGAUGCAGCAAGGUUACUGGCAAGGCUGUUAUGCUCGAUGAAAUAAUUAACUAUGUACAGUCGCUUCAACGACAGGUUGAGUUCUUGUCCAUGAAACUCGCAACUGUAAAUCCGCGGCUGGAUUUUGAUAUUGAAGGACUUAUCCCUAAAGAUAUUCUUCACCAACGGCCGGGUCCUUCUGCAUUGGGGUUUCCUUUAGAAAUGUCUAUGGCUUUCGCUCCACUACACCCAUCACAACCGGGACUAAUUCAGCCAACUCUUCCUAGCAUGGCCAACUCUUCUGAUAUCCUUCGGAGAACCGUUCAUCCACAGUUGGCAUCACCCGCUAGUGGAAGUUUCAAGGAGCCAAAUCAGGUUCCUGAUGUGUGGGAAGAUGAGCUUCACAAUGUUGUACAGAUGAGCUUUGCUACUACAACUGCUCCCAUGAGUACCCAAGAUGCGGAUGGUACUGUGGCAGCAACUCAGAUGAAGGUUGAACUUUGAUGUUUCAGUAUUUAAUCAAAAUCGUGACACCACUUAUCUUUGCCAGUGAUUAUGUUGAAUUGCAUUAGAUUCAGGUGGAAAUAACUAAGAUUUAAGUUUUACAUCUGAGUUACCAUACGUUUUGAAGGCCCAAAAUCAGAGUUUCCAGAAUAUUCUAGAAGUGUUGCUACUGAUAAGGCCUUGGGUGCAGUUGCAUUAGCGACA